CCACGACCACGCCAAGCGCACUGCACGUGACGCGCCCACCGCGGUUGUGGCUGUUGAACGACAAUGAACGCAGCACUUCCGACUGGCAUGCCUCGUCUUAUCCCGCGACUGAUCCAGCGUCUCCAGGCUACCCGCACAAAACCAGCUCCUGUCGUUCCGCCAGAGAGGCGACCGCAACCCAAGCCGCUGCGCCUGCCGUCAAAGCCCCGCCCACGUCCGCCAUGUCCAUCACUUUCCCCCAGAGGCCGGACACAGUCUAUAGUCCUCGAUUCACUGCGACCCAUCAUGGCCGUCUCGCGCUGGCGGAGGCACAAGGAGCCUGGUCCCCGUAUUCGACUAUCUCAGAGGAGGAAGCCAAGUGAUACAGAGGAUCAGACGGCUCCUCGUGCGAUGACAGAAGAAGAGAGGGAGCUUCAGGCGAACCCGUAUUUACGAAUGUUGUCCACUCCUAUAAGAAACACCAUCAUAGGCAAUAGCUCCCUUCCAACAGCAUUCCUCAUCCGUCUCUCCGUGAAACGGGUGCCUUCGCCUCAACACCGCAUCAUAAUCUUAGUAGCAGACACACUCGAGCACCCUGCAUUUAGGAAACCCACACGCCCAGGAAAGGGGGUAUACGUCUCCUGUCGGAAGGAAGCAGUCAAGGCGAUGGAUGAAAAAGGCAAUCACAAGCGGGUCCAUCAAAAUACUAGGAAGAACACCGCACUGGAGGAGCAGGUCGGCCAUUUGUUGCGUGUCCGCAUCCUGCAGGAGCUGCGUGUACUUGUGAGACAUCUCAAGCGUAGACUCGAAGGGGCGACGGACGCGCCUCUUCUCCGAAGACUUACCCGAGCUGAGUGGAAGGAAUUGAAGGCGUCUGGUACCAUCCCACAAGAGGAUGCAGUAGCCGUGCUUGUCGUUCCGCCCGUAAACAAGAAUCCUGCCACGAGAACACGGCCAGAGCCGUCUAUGUCGUCGCUGCCCCCGCCAGGAGCUGGGGUACCCAACGAAGAUGGUGGUCGACCGCGAAACCCGGUCUCAACGCUGAUGCCUACCACUACCUCCGAUGCAUUUGAAGAUGGAAAGCUAUCGAACAUCCUCCCUCAUGCGAGAGUGCCAUUGUACAACGGCGUUGCACUAUUCCCCGAUCCACAGCAGCGGGCGUCGUGUCACAAAUCUCUAACGGAGUUGCUUCACGUCGAGCGCCAGGCUCGGCGAAGAGAAGCCGCCCACUCUGCGAGGCAACAGGGUCGCUCGGAGUCAGCAUCGGAAAACGCAGAACCCGGCAGCAAGGAUACUGCCAGAAGUCGUGGGGACGAAAAGGGAAGCCAUGCGUUCCUGCUCAGGUCGAACGCGAAGACGAUUCUACGAGCGGACACGGUCCCCUUGACUAUCGCGCUCUGGAGGCUUCGGAUGUGGGAGGGGCAAGGUUGGACACUCACAGGCGAACGCCGUCCAUGGGGCGUAUGAUAGUACUUACACUUAUACUCAUU